AUGAUCACGAUCAUUUCUAAUACUAUCCACAAAUAUCAAUUAGAAACAUUACGCGAACUUAGUUGGAAUGGUGUACCGAAAUCCUUCAGACCGAAGGCUUGGCGUUUACUGUCUGGUUAUUUGCCUGUGAAUGCCGAAAGACAAAAAUUGACUCUCGAGAGAAAGCGUGAUGAAUAUUGCAGCUAUGUAGUAAAAUACUAUCCGCUUAGAAAUGAUCCUUCCUUUCAAGAGACAUUUAGACAAAUUCAAAUUGAUAUACCGAGAACGAAUCCUUUAGUACCGCUAUUUCAACAACCAUUGGUACAACAGGUUUUCGAACGAGUACUAUUUAUAUGGGCAAUGCGGCAUCCAGCAAGUGGUUAUGUACAGGGAAUUAAUGAUCUAGUGACGCCGUUCUUCAUUGUAUUCCUUACGGAAUAUAUCAAUGAAGUGGAUGUCGAAACGUAUGACAUAGUUAAGCUUUCAUUAAAGCAGCUAGAGCUGAUUGAAGCAGACAGUUACUGGUGCUUAACUAACAUAUUAGAUGGAAUACAGGAUAAUUACACGUUUGCUCAGCCAGGGAUCCAGAAAAAGGUGCAAACAUUAAAGACGUUGGUUAGUCGGGUUAAUGGUAAAUUGCACUUGCAUUUAGAAAAGCACAAUAUAGAAUACUUACAGUUCGCGUUUAGAUGGAUGAAUAAUAUUUUAAUGCGUGAACUUCCUUUACGAUGUAUUAUACGCCUGUGGGACACUUACCAAGCAGAGCCAAAUGGUUUCGCAGAUUUUCACUUAUACGUUUGUGCCGCAUUUCUAAAUCAUUGGUCCAAAGAAUUACUGGAAAGACAUGAUUUUCAAAAUUUAAUGAUUUUGUUACAAAAUACACCGACUGAUAAUUGGACCGAAAGAGAAAUCGCUGUUCUUCUAGCUGAGGCAUUCAGUUUAAAGUACGCAUUUGCUGAUGCUCCAAGUCAUUUUCAUAAAAAGAAAUAA